UGCCCCGCGCGGCCAAGAUGGCGGCGCGCAUGCUGCGGAGCGGAGCAGCGCGGGGGCUGUUGGCAGAGCAGAGCGAGCGGGGCCUGUUCCAGAACGUUUUCCCGGCGGCGGAUCAGCUCGUGGAGCUGCUGGCGCCGGGGCGUCCGCCGCUUGCCGCCUACUGCGGCUUCGACCCCACGGCGGACUCGCUGCACGUCGGUCACCUCCCCGCCCUGCUGGCGUUACUGCACUUCCAGCGCGCGGGGCAUCGCGUCAUCGCGCUGGUGGGCGGGGCCACGGCGCGCCUGGGCGACCCCAGCGGCCGAGGCGCUGCCCGUGAGCCGCUGCCGCCCGAGCGCCUGCAGGCGCAUGCGCGGGGCCUGCGCGAUGGGCUGCACCGCGUUUUCGAGAACCACCACCGGCUCUUCUGGCCCGAGGCAGGUGGCUUGCGCCUUGGGGACGUGGAGCUGCUGGACAACAUGCAGUGGCUGGGCCGCCAGCCUCUGAUGGACUUCCUGGCCAACGUUGGGACACGCCUGCGCAUGGGCACGCUGCUGAGCCGCGAGGCCUGCCAGGCACGCCUGCAGAGUGACAGUGGCAUGAGCCUGGCCGAGUUCCUCUACCCGGCUCUGCAGGCCUACGACUUCCUGCACCUGUACACGCACCAUGGCUGCCGCCUCCAGCUGGGUGGCACCGACCAGAUGGGCAACAUCAUGUCAGGCCACGACCUCGUCACCAAGGUGACCGGAGAAGAGGUGUUUGGAAUUACUGUGCCUCUUAUUACCAGUACCACUGGGGAUAAACUGGGAAAGUCUGCUGGCAAUGCAGUUUGGCUGAAUAGAGACAGGACCUCUCCGUUUGAGCUGUAUCAGUUUUUUGUCAGACAGCAAGAUCGCAUUGUUGGAAGGUACCUGAAACUCUUCACUUUCCUUCCUCUUGCGGAGAUUGAUCAUACCAUGGAAAUGCAUGCUAAGGAACCUGAAAAGUGGGGUCCGCAGAAACGACUUGCUGCAGAAGUAACUAAACUGGUUCAUGGCCAAGAAGGUCUGGAAUCUGCUAAAAGGUGUACUAAAGCACUGUAUCACAACAAUUUGGAGUCUUUGGAGACCAUGUCUGAACAAGAAUUACAGGAACUAUUCAGAGAGGCUCCGUUUGCUGAAUUGCUGCUUGAACCUGGAAUGACUGUGCUUGACUUAUGUCGCAAAGCAAAAGCUAUUCCAGAUGGACCUCGUGGGUACCAGAUGAUUACAAGUGGUGGAGUUUCUAUAAACUAUAUUCAAGAAACUAAUGCUGAAGCUGUUCUAGUUGUUGGGCAGCAUAUCCUGAAGAGUGGAAUAUCUCUACUGAAGAUUGGAAAGAAAAACUUCUACAUAAUAAAAUGGCUUCAGUUCUGACCAAAAGGAAUACUUCAUUAAAAUAUAAGAUGCACCUUUUUACUAAAUUGUUUGAAGACUGUAUCUCAAGUCAUCGUCUGUAUUCUACGUAUUGCAUAAUAUACAGGUACAGUGUGAUAGUGUAGUAUAUUAUCUCUCACAAUGUGAGAACCUACUUAGUUAUCUCAGAUGAUUCAAAUAAAAAUUUUUGAAAAUAGA